AUGAAUCUAGGCUCGGUCUAUGCGUGGUUGGAGUCUACUCGAUGUUCUUGGUCAGGUUCCGCUCUGCCCUUGCGUGGAACAGUCGUUAAUGCCAUACUUUUAGUUAUGGGCUAUCGCUCAGGAAAGACCCGUCAAGUUUCCGUUCCUUUUCAGACCGUCGACGGCAGCUCCAGUGAUAAAUUCCGUUCGCCACUCUUCAUGAAUACGUGCCAGAGUGCCCUCAGUGCAUUAUCUGCCCUAAUUUAUCUUGCUAUUCGAAGGCCAUCAUCGCAUACAUUCAAGCAGCUGCUCGGGCUUGCAUAUAUCAACCCACAAUCGGCGUUGAAUGGCACAGCCAAGGCAAAUGAUCGUUCACCUUACCUUGGAAGUGGCUUUCCCAACAAGUCACUGCUUCUCAGAUAUCUCCAAUGUUCUGUCUUUAUCACAGCGGCCGCUCCAUUUGGUUUCGCAGCCCUUUCCUAUAUUACCUACCCGACCAUGGUGCUAGGGAAAUCGUGCAAACUCGUCCCAGUCAUGAUCAUGAAUGUUCUCUUGUAUCGCCGCCGUUUUGCGCCCCACAAGUAUCUCGUCGUAGGUAUGGUUACAUUGGGUAUCACCGUUUUUAUGGGUUUCGGAGCGGAGAAGCCUUCCAAGACGAAGGCUGGUCCUGAACUGUCAGCGUAUGCGCAGCUCAUUGGCAUCACAUAUCUUCUCAUAAACCUUGCCAUAGACGGCGCCACCAAUUCUACACAGGACGAGAUUUUCGCCCAGUACCGCGUCACGGGCCAACAGAUGAUGUUCUGGAUCAACGUCUUCUGCACGCUCCUCACGUCUGUCAUUUCAAUACUUCCUCUUCCAUACAUUCCCGUUCUACACCCAUCCGAUAAUGGCACAGAGCUGCAAGGCGCGCUGGAAUUUAUACGUACUCAUCCAUCCGUCACCAUGCCCCUAGCUCAAUACGCGCUCACUGGGGCGCUAGGUCAACUCUUUAUCUUUGAGACUUUGCAACAUUUUGGCUCUCUCACACUUGUGACCAUCACACUUACCCGCAAGCUUUUCACAAUGUUGCUGUCUGUUUUCGUCUAUGGCCACAAGCUCUCGGCAGAGCAAUGGCUUGGUGCUGCAAUUGUCUUUGCUGGUAUAUCUGUGGAGGCUUGGGUUAAACGAAAGGAUGUGCACGCAAAAAGGAUCAUUCAAGAGAAAGAGAAAGCUAAGAUCAAGACGUUGUGA